CCUCGCUACUCACUCGCCUCUGCCUCGGCCUCGUCGCCUUCAUCUAAAGCGCCAUUUCCCUACUACUCUGCCCACGCGGGUUGCUUCAUCGCCACCUCUUCCUCGAGAUUCCUCUGCCUCACUCGGCGUCCUCCCUUCCGCCUCGCAUCCUUACUUCGCGGUCAGGGCUACACACUACCGGCCUCGGACAAUUACAGGCCAAGUCGUGCAAACACACUCAGGGACACGUGAGACGACACUCAUAGCCGUCAAGCUGGGCUCGCUCCUAUCACUCGAUCAGCUCUACUUCAAUGUUGCAAGCCAUUCAUCCGUAAUUCUUCCUCCAUCGAAUCCUCUGCCUACCUCGUAGGUCAGAGCCACCGGCUCAGCCUUCUGACUCGACCUGUCUUAAGGUCUCUGGGCUCGGACUAAAUCAAAGAGACUCAGCGGGAACACCAAGACUUGUCAAUUGGCAACAUGGGGUCCUUCGAUCCCUUUGAGGUCUCGGCGCCUCAUGUCAUUUAUGUGGGCCUGGGACUGUUCAUCGUCGUCUUUGGCAUGCUAUCCUUGUUCAUCAAGGAGAAACUAUACAUGGGUGAAGCCCCUCUGGCUUUGAUCUUUGGUAUCAUCGUAGGUCCUGCCGCGGCGAACGUCUUCAAUCCGAUAUCAUGGGGAGAUGGCUCGUCCACUCGGGCUCCCGGUGGCUACGUCACCAACGAGGUCACCUUGGAGGUCAUGAGAGUCACGAUUGCACUCUCCGUCUUUGCAGUCGGUGUCGAAUUGCCUAAGAAGUACCUCCUCCGUCAUUGGAGGAGUAUUGCAAUGCUCCUCGGCCCAGUCAUGGUCUGGGGUUGGCUCGUCACUGCCGGAUUCAUCCUCCUCCUCGUGCCCGGCAUGGACUUCCUCAACAGUCUCGUGGUGGCAGCCUGCGUCACUCCUACCGAUCCCAUUCUGGCACAAGCCGUUGUGGGUGGUCCCUGGGCCGAGAAACACGUGCCUGCCCAUCUGAGGCACAUGCUACAGUGCGAGUCUGGCUGCAACGACGGAGCCGCAUUCCCCUUUCUGUACCUCGCCCUCUUCCUCACCACGACUCGUGGAAACGAGAGUAAAGGUAUCGCCGAAUGGUUCUACGACGCUCUUGCAUACCAGAUCAUCUUUGGUACCAUCCUAGGAGCUGUCAUCGGUUGGGCUGCUCGCAAGGCAAUGCGCUUCUCAGAAAGGCGCCGACUGGUGGACCGAGAGUCGUUUGUCGCGCAGUACGUCAGUCUAGCCAUUGCCAGUAUGGGAGUCAAUGUACUCCUCGGCAGUGAUGAUCUUCUUGCAGCAUUUGCUUGCGGUACCGCCUUUGCCUGGGACGGAUGGUUCACAAAGCAGACGGAAGACUCGAAUUUCAGUAACAUCGUCGAUCUGCUCUUCAACACUGCUACCUUCAUCUACAUUGGCGCUCUUAUGCCCUGGUAUGAGUUUGCACAUGCUGCUGGCUCUCUCAACGUCUGGAGGUGCAUCGUUCUGGCAAUCGCAGUACUCAUGCUCAAGCGUAUCCCAAUCAUUCUCGCCCUGUGGAGGUGGAUUCCGGACAUCAAGACAUUCCGCGAGGCCAUGUUCUCAGGUCACUUCGGCCCUAUGGGAGUCGGAGCCAUCUUCAUCGCUACUCUCGGUCGUCAUGAGCUGCCGGAAGAGAUCCCUGAACCUCCUGAGACCAGCAACGAUGUUCUCGCCCUCACCAUCCAGCCUAUCGUCUUCUUCCUCGUCCUGUGCUCUGUCGCUGUACAUGGGUUGACCGUGCCCUUCUUCGCCUUCUCCAAGAGGGCGACGACGAUCACAAGAACCUGGAGUAGACACCCUUCCAUGGCGGACGGGGGCGAGCCUGGAUGGCUGGGCAGGCUCAAGAGAUACACCACUGGCGAUACGAUGCGAUCUGUCAAUGAGGACGGCAAUACAGAUGGCAUGACCGAGAUCCAGCGAGUGCUCAACGCUCAAUUGGGCGUCAUCGGAAAGGGAGCCAUCGGCGGCGAUGCCGAAAAGGAGCUCAGAGGAGAGUCUUCCUCGAAUGGGCAAAGCGCCGAUGGCAGUGGCGAUGAUUCUAGUGGGUCGAGAACCAGGUUCGGCCUGCUCAACACGCGCACAGAGAGGGAUUUGGAGCUGGCAGAGGGCGAUCUCAACGAGAAGGCCGAUGGUGAGGAUACUCCUCAGCGCAGCGCCAAGAGUAAGAGAGACAGGCACAAUUGCACGAGGGAAGAGUGCGACGACUUGGAUGACUGGGAAGCCGAUGAGAUGGAAGACCCCAGCUGCGAGUGGGGAGGUGACAAUACGGCAGAGUUGAAGCUCUUCAAGGCAAAGCAAGCUGAGAGGAGAGAGGCUAGGAGAAAGCAAAGACAACGAGAGCGAGAGGAUGAUGACGGCGACAUGGGUGAUGCUCCCAUGGACCGCGAGCUCAUUUCUGGCGAGAUCGAUGAGUCUGACGAGGACGAGGAUGUCCGCAAGGACAAGGAAGGCCACCGACGCCAUCGACCAGGAAUUGUCGAUGCAAAGGACGAAGAAGAGAGGAAGUCCAUGGACAAGUUCCGUGACGAAUCAGAGCGGUACCCUAAGGCAAGAUCAUGGCUUGAAGGGACCCAGCUUGUCAUUGAGUACAUGGAGCACAAAAGCUCUGAGCCUCUGGUGCGCGUCGUCGAGCUCAGCUCGGAAGAAGCAGAACGAAUCGCUCUCUGCUCUCAAGACGAAGAGAACACUGUUGCCGCAAGCUGGAUGUACGCACAUCGAGAUGAGCUGGACGACCACGUCGAAGACAGUGCUCAUCGGGAGUGGCACCCUGCCGAAGCUGCUCGUAAGCUCGUCGCUACGGGAGCGCUUCAGAGCUGGAUGUCGUCUGCCAAGGGCGAUCGCAGCGGUAGGAACAAGAGCAGCAAGACUGGCAAUGCCGAUCGUGAUCAGUCACAGGAAGAGACCGAGCAGGAGCGACAAGAUCGAGCUGCGAUGAUGUACGAGGCAAUGAAUUGGCGAAAGGGCGAGGAAGGCGAUGGUGACGAUGAGCGGUCCACAGCCACGCCAGGCUCAAAUAAUCGCAGUCGGGAUGAGACGGCAGUGUCCUCUGCAUCUGCAUCUGCGUCUGAUGCCGAGGGUACACUGCCUGCUCCCAGGAGUCCUUUCAAUGCCUCGCCUAAUCGCUCCAAAUCUCCUCCAGCGCUUGGAAGGAGAAGUAGCAGUGAUGUGAAUUCUUCAAGACCUCCUCAACCGCGCCAACAUCUCGCACAUGGUGGUCGCCGAGCCUCCAUGAGGCGCAAGGUCCUGGCCGGCAAGGGCUACCUGGGAGGUCAGGAUGCUUCCGGCAGUCUUGCCGAUGGCAACGACAAUGCUGAAGACUACGUCGACGAAGAGCCGAGCAGCCAAGACUCGCGGCAAGAAAUGACCACCAGCGGGUCUUCAGGCCUUCUGAGGACGCCCGAGGACGUGAGAUCGAGUCAACGCGACCGCGCCGCCAAUCGUGCGCCGUCUGCCUCUGUGUCUUUCCUGGACACGGGCGAUACUCGGCAUGACCGAGUCGAUGGGGCUGCCUGUGGUGCUCCCAGAAAGCAAGGCUCGUUCCGGAAGCGCAAGGAAGGGCGAAGCAGUGCUGCUACUGGACCAAAGUCAUCUGCUUCGCAACCUUCCGGCUCUCAAGACAAGGAGCCCUCCUUCAAGGACAAGGCCAUCUCACGCAUCAACAGCGCUGGUGAAGGUCUCAGUGGUGGGAGCAGCAGUCGAUCUGCGCCCCAAUCCCCACAAGCUGAAGGUCCCACGACGCUGACGUUCACCAGUCCUCUUGAUGAGCGCGAGAACCCUAUCGACAAUUCAGUCGACGAGGGAUCUUCGAGAUCAGGCAAGGGCAGCUCAAAGGGAAAGAAGGCACCGGGAAGACUAAGCGCCUUCCUGAGCUCUUUCACCGCCUCCUCGUCCUCUUCUGGCUCCCAAUCCCACUCGCAACUCACCUCUGCAACUUCUCGCGAAGAAGACUCCUCGGCUUCGGCGGCACCUGACGUGUCCCAGCCGGAGCGGGGACGUCCCACCUCUGGUUCUGGUCUAGGUUCCACCGGUGGUAUCCAGGCCUUCCAGCUCCCUCCUUCCUCUGCAGCAAACGAGAACCCCGAAGUCCUCGCUGCUCUUGAAGCUCUCAAUUCUCGCAGUCGUGGAGAUGCAGCAGUAGGAGAAGAAGGGCAGGGCGGCACUGGUGGUCAAACACCCGGCAGCGGUAGCGGCAGUGGCAGUGGUGAUUCCCGCUCACACAGUCGUGGUGCUACACCUGGACCUACCGUGCGGACGCACUUGGAGGCUCAUGAAGGACGGAGUGAGGGGAUCUUGAGCACGCCGGAGAGAGGGAGUGGAGUGAAUACCCCUACUGAGGGCGCGUCGAUGCCGGCGACGGGGAGUGUGGCAUUUGCGCCUGCACCUUCGAGGAAUUGAGGGUAGGUGCAAUGGGAGGUAAGGAAGGGAAACCUUCGUGCUCUAGAGGGACUGUUUCACAGCAGGCCUGGAUCCUCCUCCUUCUUCCUGGUUUAUAGAUACGGUCUUGAAUCCGACUCGCGUUCUCGGUGUAUUUUAUUUGCCUUGCAGCUUUCGGGCGUCUACUCUAGGCUUUGUAAUGCUACUACGCACCAUGUCACAACAAUUUUGCG